AUGUCGCGGGCAUUCGGCGAGUCCGCUCAAACUCGUAGAGGACAAGUCCACGAUGUGGGAUUGCGCAUCGCGGGUAUCACGAAUCCAUGGGAUACCUGGAAAGCUACGUUUUUUUCCGCUGUCUACAUCUACAUCAGGAAGACUGACGGUCUGGCAUGGUUUAUUUGCUAUCUCCCGAGCCUGCUGCUGUUCAGACGUCAAAGACGAACAGCUGCCUUUCGCCCUUCAGCUGUAUUCAACCAAGUACAUAUGAACCCAGUAUCAAAAGGCGUGUCGAUCACACAGCAUAGGAGAUAUCCACGUAUUUUCAUCAAACACUGCACCGAAAGAAACGUUGUCAAUCGCCAACACGAUUCAGAAAACAAGCAAAUCAGUGCCAAGCACCUUGGAACCUAUCUGAAAAUGGGUCAACACAACAACGGCGAAACCGACAGCCAUACGUCUAACGACAGGCAAGACGGUCGUGAUCCAUCUCGUUGCGACGGACAGGCCCAUUUGGCUGAGGAUGAUCCCACUCCGAGAGAACUAAUGCGCGCCCCUCAGCUUAGUCAGAUCGGACUAGAAACAACGACAAUGAAGUGCGAAGUCUGCGGAGAAGCACGCUUGUGGACGGGUGGGAGAGAUCUCACUUGCUCAACACCGUGCCGUGACCGGCUAUUGAAAAGAGCAGACGAGCCGCAGAUGGAAAAUGAAGGGGGGAAGGACCUCGAGACGUCGGCGCCAUACACAACCUCCAACGGGAAACCGCGGGAACACUGUCGAGUCCCUGAGGAUUGGGUACCGACGGAAGACGACAUGAAGGUUUACAGCAUCUCCCAUGAUGGUCGCUUUACUGCCUAUAGUGCACCGAGAAGCCACCUGAGCUUUUCAUCGAGGAGAAAACAAUAUUGGUACGUUGGAAACUUUUCAUCCACUAGAGUUAUGAAGUACAGCCAGUUUAUGAGUGAUUGUUCCGCAGUGGAAGUCGCGUUCAUCUAUUUCCCGAAUAAGAUUCGAUUAUUAGUAGGCAAGACACCUCUUAUGUCGCCGCCCGCGUCUACGACGUCUUACGCGCUCUGCAUGGGAACUUACGGAGUCUACGCAAACACAGCACCAUCAUCGGGACUCUGCCGCGAUCAAGAUGAGCGAAGCGUGCAGGCAAUUCACUCUACUGAGAUUUUGCUCAUCAACACCAGCCGCAUCGGAGCGGAACGUGGUCAUGAGGAAUGUUCUUUUUCUCUAUCAGCUUCAUCGCAAUUCAGGGACCUCCGCGCUCCCUCCCUAUCCCAGAGCGAAGUCUCGGCGGGCCGUAAGAUUGCUCAACAGAGAAUUGACUUGGUUGAUAGAUUACGGGAGAACCAGCUGGUCAUCCAACUUCCUGUUGUCGCCGCCGCCACCCGAGUGCUCAGGCAUGGCCCCAACCGCGAACAGCGUCCUUGGCCAGGCCCUCUUUCUACCGCUCCCUUGACAAUGUUCAGAUAUCAAAGGAAGAACAGCCUGCUUUACCUUCGCACUAUCAACUGUAGGCGGUCCUACCCAAAUUACCGCAUGACGCCAAUAGCCAACUCACUCAAGAAACUACCUUCAUCAACAAGAAAACUUCUGAAGAUGGCCCAAUACUGCCUGCAUCAUGAGCCCCCGUGCAUCAUUUCCCCAAUACACGGUGGGUGUACCGACUUCUCCUCAAGAAGGAUUGACCAAGAUCGCAAUAUUCGGUGCCACAGCUCGGGGUACACAGUCGAACAGCUUUCGCCGGACACUGCAGGACGUGACAUCGACGCUGACUCCUUAACCCGAUACUACAGCAACCCAUUCAGGCCCCGUCUCCAAUUGCGUCAGAGCAGCUCGACGCUCUCCAUGGAAUCAAAAGCAACCGCGAGCCGUGGUCCUCAGAGACAGCUCGAGCACCGAGAGCGGGCGCCAGAUACCAUCGAAGAAAGCACAGCUUCUGGAAGAAUCACACGGCGAAGCGCGCAGGCCCUAGAAACUUACGGGGUAAGAGAACCCCAAAGUUCACCGCAAGAGGAGUGGGAAAAGUGGUUCUACAAUGGUACGAAGCCCGUCGAAUUUACGAUACGAGAUUCUUCUGGUCUCGUCUAA